AUGUCUGCCAUUCAAAAGAACAUUGAAACAGCAUCAGAAAACUACUCGGCCUCUUUCACCAAAGGACAUCUCGCGCUACCGCCUGCAAAGAAAUAUCUGGUCCUAACAUGCAUGGAUGCUCGGAUUGACCCGGCGCAGGCAUUCGGGAUCGAGCUGGGCGAUGCUCAUGUCAUUCGCAAUGCAGGCGCUUCAGCGCGCGACGGGUUGAGAAGCAUAGUCAUUUCCGAGCAACUGUUGGGAACUCAGGAGAUCGUGCUGGUCAAACAUACCGGCUGCGGAAUGUUGACGUUCACAAAUGACGACGCUUAUGGGUUGGUCGAGAAGAAUCUUGGUUCUGAUGCAGCGGCGGAACUCAAGUCACGAAAUCUGGACUUCCUUCCUUUCUCGGACCUCGAGCGGGCCGUCAACGAGGACGUCGAGUAUUUGCGGGACACUAAGUUGGUCCCGGACAGUGUGACUAUCAGUGGGUGGAUCUAUGAGGUUGAGACGGGAAGGACUCGCAGAGUUGUAUGA